CUUCCAUACAGCGGAGGAGACGGAUGCUCGGAAAGCGCUCGGAGUCUCCGUCUGUCCCGGCAGAACCAGUCCCGGACGUGUGUGUGUGUCUGUCUGUGUGUGUGUCUCUCUGUGUGUGUGUGUGUCUGUGUGUGUGUGUGUGUGUGUGAUGACGCCGUAGUGCACGAGCGUCAGGAUGGACAUCCUGGUGGCCAAGCUGCUCGGCCUGCUGGGAUUGUUUGGGCUGGUGCUGGCGGGGGUUCUGGUCCCGGUGCGCCUCCUGCUGGCCGACCGCGACAAGGCGCACCGGUACCGCAGAGCUCUGUCGCUAGGCAACACGUUCGGCGGCGGCGUGUUCCUCGCAACGUGCUUCAACGCUCUGCUGCCCGCCGUCAGAGACAAGGUAACGUCUAUGGGGAGGUCGGUUGCUCCCAUUACGCCCCAUUGGACCGAAUAUGGUUGUAGUUCCACCAGAUGUCCCGCGGGGGGAUCACUAGCAAAUGCAACACGAAUGGGAGUCAAUGGAGCUAGACUCUAA